CUAAAAAACUGUUUGUUUUACUCUGCAUUAUAUAAAGGAAAUCAAUUCUCAGAAGAAGAAGAAGAAAAAAAUAUGGAGGUAAGAAUGGGCAGAGGCGGCGAAAGUAAAAAUCGGCCGAAGAGAGAGGGCCCACUGUGCGGCUUCUUCACCGGAGAGGAGGUGGAGGUGGCGAGGAUCAUAGCCAGUCUCCCUCAGCUCAUCAAGGCCAAAUCCGAAUUCUCCGGCCGAUUUCGCGGCCUCCGAUUCUGGCUGUGGAAGAAGAGGAGGUCGGCGGUCGCGUUUCCCGUUGUUGCUCCGCCUCCGACUCCGCCGCGCAUUCCGUCCCGCCCGCCGUCUCCUCUGGCGGUCGAAUUGGAAUUUUACCGUCCGCAGCGGCUCCUUCGCAGAGACCUCCCUGUCGAGAUUUAACAUUAAUGCAGAAGAAAAAAAACGUGACAUAUAUACUUGGCAGUAACUAAUUGUGGUGGAAAUAAUCAAACGUGUCCAUCAAUUGUGCAAUUAAAAAAUGGACACUUUGAUGUGUCUUUCUCUUUUUUGAGUCGUUAGCUUUUUUUCUAGUUUGGGAAACUAGGCCUCUUUUUUUAGCUAUAUAAAUCUUUGAUUAUUUAGUCCUUCAAGUUGAAUGGUUUCAGCUGGGACCGGAUAUAAAACUUAGGAGUUUUG